AUGCUAUUUUGCACAUGUGCUACGGAGGCGGCCCGAACCGAGUGCUCUGAAACGACGGCUUGGACAGCCGUCAUCGUCCUCGGCUCCCUCGCCUUCGCCUUCGGUGCCAUCAACGCCUGCGACGGCCGAUCCGAAGGGUGUGCCAUCGGGAGAGAAGGAUACCCGAGAUCCGCCAGCACCCAAGAAGCGAAGAAGAAGACGCUGGAAAACAUGACUGUGCUCGACAAGGGCGAGGACCUGGCGAAGAAAGCCCUGGCUGGGUCUACGUUGGCUGCCAAGCUGAAGACGGAGAUGGAAGCGAAUCCCUACGGCAAGGACUUGCUGAAAGAUCUGGCCAACGCCGAGAGCAACUUCAAGAAAUUGUACAACGAUUCAUUGUUGAGAGCCAAAGUGGAUGUGGAGGAGCAGUACCUCCCUUUCGGGAAGCAGUACGUGCUGCUGCUGCAAGAUAUGGAAAGGCCGAAGCAAGCAGCUGAAAGCCUCACAAAAGCAGCGACCAUGAAACCGGCCAAUAAGCAGGGAUCCAACAAGAAACGCAAGGGUGCUCCAAAGGAGCAGUGA